AUGAGCAUGACUGGCCAUAGCUACAGUACCUAUAAUGCUGUCUAUGCCAUUGCACGUGCUCUACACAUCUUGGCAUCUGCCAGAACCAACCACAGAGCCAUGGAGGAUGGGGGCAGCCUGGCUUCUCUGAAUGUGCCACCUUGGAAGCUCCACACACUUCUUCGGAGAAUUGCUUUCAACAACAGUGCCGGAGAUGAAGUGACCUUUAAUGAACAUGGAGAAUUGGAAGGUGGAUUUGAUAUUACCAAUUUGGUCGUUUUUUUAAAUAAGUCCUAUGUCAGAGACAAGAUCGGGAGUCUGGAUCCUCAGGCCUUGAUAACAAAGUUCUACCAGCACAUCCUUGCUUUGGUGUUUGCCAUCCAUGAGGUCAACAAGAACCCCAAUAUCUUGCCAAAUGUCACCCUUGGGUUUCACAUUCAUGACUCCUAUGUAUAUCUGAAAUGGACUUACAGGACCAUCCUGGACCUACUCUUCACAUCACUUGAACUUGUCCCAAACUACAAGUGUGGCACCCAGAAAAAAAUGAUCGGUGUCAUUGGGGGAUAUACUUCUGAAAUCUCAACAGAUAUAGCAACUCUCUUAAGUCUUUACAAGAUCCCACAGUUUUCAUUUGGCUCAUUUGAAUCAGCAGUGGAUAACCCAACCAGUCUCCCUCCCUUUUACCGCACGGCCCCCCAGGAAGCCCUUCAGUACGAGGGAAUUGUCCAGCUAUUUCUGCAUUUCGGCUGGAAAUGGGUUGGGCUCUUCACUAUGGAUAAUGAAGUAGGAGACCAUUUUUUGCAAGCAGUUGAGCUGAUGCUUUCAAGGAAAGGAAUCUGUGUGGCCUUCAUAGAAAAAGCCAUAAUACAGGUCAUAUGGGAUGACAUAAAUUUUAUAUUAAAAUAUUUCGACAGUAGUAAAACAGAUUUCUUGGAUAGCAAAGCCAAUGCAAUUGUUCUACAUGGAGAAAGUAUAACCCUUGCCUGGCUGACAACCAUUAUCUCUAUUCCGACAUUUUUAAUGAAUGUGACAGGUUCUGAUUAUGUGAGAAUUGCAUUCAACAACAGUGCCGGAGAUGAAGUGACCUUUAAUGAACAUGGAGAAUUGAAAGGUGGAUUUGAUAUUACCAAUAUGGUCACUUUUCCAAAUGAGUUCUAUGUCAGAGUCAAGAUCGGGAGGCUGGAUCCUCAGGUUCCACUUAGUGAAAGAGUUACCAUCGACGAGGACAGAAUUCAGUGGAACAGACACCUCACAGAGCUGCCUCCCUUAUCUGUGUGUAAUGACAACUGCAAGCCUGGUUUCAGCAAGAAAAAGAAGGAAGGGGAGCCAUUCUGCUGCUACGAUUGUGAUCCAUGUCCAGAAGGGAAAAUGUCAGACAAAGAGGACAUGGAUUCUUGCAGGAGUUGCUCUGAAGGUCAUUAUCCAAACCUGGGACAAGUCCAAUGUAUUCCCAAGAUUCCAAAUUUCCUUUCCUUUGCAGAACCCUUGAGCAUAAUUUUAGCCUUUUUGGCUCUCUUCUUUUCUCUGAUCACAGCCCUGGUGCUCGCAAUCUUUGUCAAAUACAAGGACACCCCCAUAGUUAAAGCCAACAACCAGAGCCUCACCUACUGUCUACUCAUCUCUCUCCUUCUCUGCUUCCUCUGCUCCUUGCUCUUCAUUGGAUGGCCCAACCGGCUGACCUGCCUCCUCCGACAAACGACUUUUGGCAUCAUCUUCUCAGUUGCUGUUUCUUCUGUCUUGGCGAAAACGGUUACAGUCGUGGUGGCAUUUAUGGCCUCUAAGCCAGGAAAUGUUUUUCGAAAGUGGGUGGGGAAACAAUUGGCAUGGUCUAUUGUUAUCUUUUGCUUCUUUGUUCAAGUUGGCAUUUGUGCUGUUUGGCUAGGAUCUUCUGCUCCAUUUCCAGAAGUGGACAUGCAUUCACUGCAUAGAGAAAUCAUAGUGCAAUGCAAUGAAGGGUCAGCCACCAUGUUUUACUGUGUCUUGGGCUACAUGGGAUUUCUGGCCACCGUCUGCUUUAUUGUGGCAUUCCUGGCCAGAAGGUUGCCUGACAGUUUCAAUGAAGCCAAGUUCAUCACCUUCAGCAUGUUGGUCUUCUGCAGUGUUUGGCUGUCCUUUCUCCCCACCUACCUGAGCACUCAAGGAAGAGACACGGUGGCCGUGGAGAUCUUCUCCAUUUUAGCUUCCAGUGCUGGCUUACUAGGCUGCAUCUUUUUUCCCAAAUGCUAUGUCAUCAUUCUGAGGCCUGAGUUGAACAAAAGAGAGCAGCUGAUCAGGAAAAAUCAUUAA